UCUCCUAGUUGACGGUAAUGCGCCGGGUGAGGAGUAUUGUUUACUCGUCUUCGCAGCACUGCUCGAUAUGGUUGCGAUCCUGCGACAUCUAGCGGCACGAUUGAGAAAGACGCAAAAUGCUGUGUGAUAUUCUGUCUUGAAGUCAGGCCCUCACUCGUCCAGAAAUAAAAAGAAAUAAGUAUAAGUAUGAGUGCUCUGUACUUCUGACGAUUUUUUUGGAAAUGCAAUUUAUAGAUUUUGUGCCGUGUGAAGUAUUGUGCAUCUUUUCAAAAAUACACGUGCCCGCGUAGAAAGAGGGAUAUUUGUCUCCAUCUCAUUUUUGCUACAAAAUUGUAGGCUAAGAACUAAUCGUUUACGUUGAAGAUAUGAAGACUAAAAAGGCAGAGAAUGUGGACUGUGACGAAAAAGUGAAAAAGAGAAAGAAAGUAAAAAAUGUUAGUGUGAAAAAUAACGUCACGAUACAACUCAAGUCGGAUACAAAUAAAAUGAGAGCCGAAAAGUAUUUAAUGAAAUGGCACGAAGACAGAAAUCACUGGAAAUUUGAGAAGACGCUGCAAAUUUGGUUAAUAAAACACAUGUUCAAAUCCUCUCAGGUGUCGGAGGAAACCUUCCAAAUAUUUUUGGAAUACAUGUCUGCAUCUAAAGGGCAGGUAUUUCAAAGGAUUAAAGAUGUCUGUCAAAACAUUGUUCAAUCGGCAAAUCAGUGGACAGAGCAAAAGGAAGCAGGCCUGUCAGAAGAGGAAAUAACAUUGAAAUAUCCUGAUUUGCAACAGAUCCAUGAUGAAAAGUACCUACGAGCCAGAAGACUUCUUCAGUCUCUAGAUGAUACUGCGAUUAAAACAUAACACUUGUAUAUACUGUUUAUGCAGUUUUUUUAUUGUAAUGUACAUAUAUACAUAUUAAAUAAUACUUGGAACUUAAGUGUAUGUUAUUUAAUGCAAGAUAUUCCUGUCCUGGUUAGUAUACUAUUUGGCAUUGCCCAACUUAAUUUUCUGAGUUUAAGAAACUGUGGGAAAUAUAAAAUUAGAUUUAAAUUGCAGACCCUCCUGAUAACAUGUUUAUCUUUUAAUCAAUUCACAUGGGAGUCUUGCUCAUUUAAGAUUUCUUUAAAAAUUAGGUGGACAAAACUCCUGUUUCACUGCAACCAUAUGAGUUUCUAUCUGUGAUGCAACAUCAGGAUAGGUUUCAUUGGGGAGUAAAUUUUAUACAAAAGUGAAAGCAUACAUAAUUCUCAAAAAACACCAGAGAUCUUUAUUUUCUGCUUUCAAAAAUUAAGCAAAAUUAUGCUGUUUCUCUGCAAAGGAAUACAAGAUUAAUUAAUUCAACUAGCUUCACUCCCCGGAAAGGUUGAAAUAGCCAGACUGGAAUACUAAACAUUAUUUCUGGAAAACAAUUUCAAUUUGCUGAUACUUUCUCCACAAACUUUCUGAGUUUAUCAGUAUCUUGUAAUCCAACUAGACGUUCUGCCACUUUACCAUCCUUGAUGGCAAUCAAAACUGGGACAGAGCCAACCUCAUAGUCCAAUGCUAAAUCUGUGUUCUCGUCGAUAUCAACUUUAGCUAGAAGAACUUUACCCUUCUGCUCUUCAAUGACCGUUUCUAAACGAGGAGUAAGCAUGCGGCAUGGGUUGCACCAUGUUGCAAAGAAAUCGACUAUUACGGGUUUCUUGCUAUUCUUCACUCUUUCGUUAAAAUCUUCUUGGUCCUGCACUUUAAAGGAAUUGGUGGCUAAUGAAGCACUGGCAAAGUGUGCUUUUGAAGAGACCAGGACAUUAUUUAAUGUUGUUUUGCAUGUCAUGCUUCUAAGCAUGAAUGCUUUUGUAAAUACAGAAGGCUGCAUAUUGAAGAAAAUAAUAAACUCAACGGACAAGCGAAAUUCUAUGAAUUACAAUUUACGGAGACACUUGGCACGCUCAAUGACAACCCUGCUCAAAUGGCACGAAAGUUGCCUCGCGUUCUGAACUAAACUAUUCAGAUCCGUUUGAAAUUGUCCCUUCUUGAGCGAGAAGAAUCAGAUCGCAGAUGAUGUCAGAUCCCAGGUCAGGUCCAGGUCCCUAACCACAACGCAGACAUGAUUAUGCAUUUAUUCUGCCAAGGUCAAGAACUCAAAUGUACAUCGUUAUAUUUGUUAAAAUUAGAAAUCACUUUGCCCGUAGGGCAUCUUUUUCCAAUUGCUAAGCCAGAUUUUGCUUUUGAAGCGUUUCAACAAUGUACAGAAGGUAUCAGCGAUGGUACAUUAUGUCAGUUGCAUUAUUGGUAUAUUCCGUAUAUUCCAGCGUAUACAAAAGGCUGUUGGUAAUACUGUCCCCCCUUCCAUUAAAUGAAAAUGGCGUGCGGACGUUCUCAUUAAAUAGCACUACGAAAUUCCACUAUUUCUAAGGGCUAUGUAAGUCGUAUUGUAUUUUUCAAAUAAGCAUGUUGUGGAAUAAUGUUGCUUUGCUGCUUGAAAUGCAGAUUAGUAAUUAAGGUGUCUUAAUCUUCAAUCCAAUCAAAACGAUCAAUAGGUUAUCUUGCAAUUACUAUCUGUUGAAAAACAUACGUGAACGUGUUUGCGCGAGAAAAAGUUCAAAACUAUCUACUUGUUGUUCGAGAAAGGAAAUUUAAACAUCUUAGAAAAAUGGCCAGCAUAUGUCGCGAGUCCAAAAAGGCCUCAAAACGGAAAUUUUUUGAAGAUCGACAGGGCACAGUAGAUUCACAGAAAAUCAGAAAACUCGAUAACGAGAAGACCCCGAAGACCCCAGAAAAACCGUCGAAGGAAAAGGAAAAGUUUGGAAUGAUGGACAUGGAUGAAGAAGCAAUGUUGGAAAAAUUGGUUCUCGGAGAUUUAUCUUCAGUUCUGGAUAAGUUGGGAGAAGACAAUGACAGAUUUCCAAGGCUCAUAAUGGAUACAGAAGGUGACUCAGGUGUAGAAGAGGGUGUAAGUACUCCUGAAGAUGAUGAAGAGGAUGAAGAACCUUCUACUUCUUGCAAACAACCAGCUUGGCGUGAUGAAGAAGACUCACACUUGUGUAUUCAGGAAGCAUUAAGGACACAAAAUCGGAAGCAAACUAUUAAGUUUCCUGGCAAUUCAGCUGAUGCUUACACGGGAAUUCUUCAGCAGCAGUUUAAUAAUAUAGUUGGUACCCCUAAGUGGGCUCAAUUAGAAGAUAAGGAGGGAGAUGAAGAUUCUACUGAUUCUGAUGAUGAAAUUUUACAACACUGUGGAAAAUUCAUUUCCAAAAGCUCUAGUGCGUUGCCCCGUGGUGUGUUAAGUAUAAAACGAGUCUUGGAUCUCAAUUCCAACACUAGAACGGAAGGUCCCAUUAUAAGCGCUGUACAUUUUCAUCCGAAGUCAUCUGUAGCAUUGGUUGCUGGUCUAUCAGGAAUUGCGUCAAUUAUACAGCUACAUUCCCUGGAAGCACCUUCCUUGUUUUUGGAUUUUGUGAACAUGUCAAUAGAGGUGUUCCACUUAGAAUCUGAGGAAGAAUAUGUCUUUGUAAAAUCUGUUCAGAAUCUUGAUCAUCUGAACCUGAUCUGCCCUGUGUUUUCAGUUUUUGUGGUAGAUAAUUGCUGCUGGUUUGGUGUGGUAGGGAUUCGAGAUCAGGUAGAUGGCGAAAAAAAUAACAAAUUGCAUUCUGUUCAAUUCCAACGUUUUCCAAUUAGUACUGCAAAAUUUACAAUAGACGGCAAUGAUUUUCUGGUUGGCUCUCGAGAACUUCCAUAUUACUAUCGCUAUGAUAUGCUUGAAGGUCGUAGUUUAAAGGUUCAGCCUCAGACAGUAACUCCAAUAACAAAUUUCAAGCAUUUCCAGCUCUCUCCAGACGGUCAGUUUAUGGCUGUUGCCGGCCGGUUUGGUAACAUAUAUCUUCUCUGUGUACGUACAGGGGAAUGUAUUGCUACUCUAAAGAUGAGUGGAGAAGUUUCUGUACUAGCAUUUAAUGUUGAUGGUUCUCGAUUAUUUUCUCAUGGAGAUUCAGGAAUGGUCUAUGUGUGGGAUAUGAACAGUCGAUCCUGUCUCUUCCAAUUUUAUGAUGAUGGCUGCAUAAGUGGUACAGCCUUGGCCCUGUCCGCCAAUGGGCAGUAUGUUGCCACUGGCUCAGCUCAGGGAGUGGUGAAUGUAUAUGAAAGUUCUUCAUUGUCGAAAUCGAAAGGCAAACCAACACCUGCCAAAAUAAUUUAUAAUCUCACUACCUCAAUUACUUCCCUCGCUUUUAAUGCUAGUUCAGAGAUGCUUGCAAUUGCCUCACAUUAUAAAAGUAAUGCAAUUAGAAUGGCACAUUUUCCAUCAAUGACUGUCUUUAGCAAUUUCCCAGGAUUUGCCUACAAUGUAAUUAGACCUAAUGCAAUGGACUUUUCUUUAAACAGUGGAUAUUUCAGUGUAGCAAACAACAAUAAUACUGCCUUUUUAUUCAGAUUGGGACAUUAUGGAAACUUCUAAGAUGAAUGAAUAUUAUAGGAGCUAUCAAUUUCUCUGGAUACUGGUUUGUUCUCAUGUCGAUACAACAGGUUCCUAUUUAUAUGCGGGCGUUCACCAAUGGUAAUAUUUGCACAGCGGCAUACCAAACCUUUCUGUGAUGUUAUGUUGAUCCAAUAUUAUGUUAAGCUAAAACAUAGAAGCUUAAGUCAUGUAAAACUUCUCUACUUGUGUGAAUGUGAAACGUAGACAAAUGUGUCGAACAAGUGUGUCCUUGACAGAUAUUGGCUCCUUACAGUGUUUGGUUAAUAUGUGCUAUUUCAUUUGCAUUCACUGCAACGAGAGAUGAUGUGGUAAUUCAUAUUCUUCACAAAGAUCACAGCUUAUAUCAGUUUCAACAUUUAUUGCUGAUUUCUAUUUUAGUAUUCCAUUAUAGUUGCCUGUUUGUAGAAACUUUGUAGCAUAAUUGAAAAUAUUUAUGGUAACACUACAAUGGAAAUACUGUUUUGUUCAUACUUCCUAUGAGAAAAUAAUUAGUAUUGCUGUAUUACCAGCAGUAUUUGGCUAAAAUUUGAUAAGAUGACAAUGUCAUUUUGAGAGGAGAGAGAAAUAUCACCGUAAUUUAAUAGUAGUGUACAAGUAUAGUAGUAUUUUAUUUGCAGGUAUGUGUAUCUCAAAUUUCUUCAUUUUUUCGUUACAUUGUUCUGUCAAUGGAACCAUGAUGCAUUGAUAUUGUCAUUUGUAGAAUUCUCUAAUUGAUUUACCAUUCAUGAAUUAUUUCUGAGGCUAAUAAUGUCCUUGAUGUACUAUACUACUGGAUUCUGUAUUUAUUUAGUGAGAAUUAUAUGAUAUAUAAGUUUGUAAAGAGAGUUUGUAUUUGUUUUCAAAGCUAUUGUUCUUAUUAAAAUCCCAUGAAAUUAAAUAAUUUUAUAGAAAGCACAUAGUAUUUCAUUAUUUUGAUUGUAUCAUAAAACGAUUGCUAUUUAGCAGGGGAAACCCAAAAACAAAAAUCUGUUCAGUCAACUUGUAGAAGCAGUUACAAAAUAUUUAAACUGCUUUUAUAAAAAAAAUAAAUACAAUUUGAUUUUCAUUCACAGAUGUUACUUAUCUACAUGCCUUGAUUUCAUUCUGAUAAAGUGUUCUAGGACUCGGUAUCCAUUUCUUUUCUUGUUGCUCGUUAGCUUGAUGACUUAAAUUUGGUAAAAUUCUGCUUCACCUUUUUUGUACCAAUCUGUUAAUGUAUUUGACAAAUUUUAUGGAAGAAGAACUUCAAUAAGUCAAGUUAUUUAAAGAAUGAACUGAAGAGGAAAAAUAGAAGCCUUAGGGUACAAGAGGCUGCUCAAAGAGGAUUCAUUUCCAUAAAAGAUUUUUGAAAUUUAAUAUUGGAUAAAACAAACUUAAUGAUAAAUAUAACUACUUGUUACUUAAGUGUCUAGUUUAACUGAAUCGCACCUCUUCCUGCACCCAGUUCCAAAUAUAGUCCAAUAUUCCUUAUUGUUUUUUUGUAAUGUAUUCCCAGUACCAACAUUCAUAAAUCCUGGUACUUUCACUAAAAUUCC